AUAAGGUAAGAAAAAAGAGGUGACAGCUGAUGCCCCAGACAGCUCUAUUCCAGUUCAUGAAUGAUUUACACUUAAGGAUGGCAGGACUUAAUGCAAAUGAACAUAGAGGAAAUGUCAGCUGCACCGUGGCUCAACCAAUAGAAGCAAAGCUCCAUCUUGGCUGUGCACUAGACUGCAUUACAAACAGACCAUACCAUCGCUUCAACAGCAUCCUUUCAGGCAAGAGUUUUCCCUCAGCCACUAUUUCCUGAUUCAGAUUGCACCAUCAGAAGUUUAAAGCAGUGGAAACAGGAGCAGAAAUACACUGAACCAAGAAGAUUCAAAAGAGCAAUACAAGAAGUGGAAUAUCUAAGAAUGGCCUCCCUGAGCCCCAACCACUGGAAUGAAACCACUACCUCUGUUUAUCAGUACCUUGGUUUUCAAGUUCAAAAGAUUUACCCUUUCCACGAUAACUGGAACACUGCCUGCUUUGUCAUUCUGCUUUUAUUUAUAUUUACUGUGGUAUCUUUAGUGGUGCUGGCUUUCCUUUAUGAAGUUCUAGACUGCUGCUGCUGUGUAAAAAACAAAACUGUGAAAGACUUGAAAAGUGAACCUAACCCUCUUAGAAGUAUGAUGGACAAUAUAAGAAAACGUGAAAUUGAAGUGGUCUAACACUCGACAUAAGAUGAUCAAAAUCUUCUAAAGCAGCCUUCAAACCCUUCUAAGUAAAAAGGAACUAAUUUUCUUUGGCCCCACUGUUAUACAAAGCUGUUUCUGACUUUGAAUGAUUAAACAGUUUCUACUAGAAGGGAAGAAAGGAGCUAAAUAAGCACUUUUUUCUGCGUGUAUACAUUUCAUUAAAUCUACAGUAAACUUUAUAAAUGUGAAUCAUCUACCAAACUGUUUAAAACUGUACUGCAAAAAUUGGGUAAAAGAUUUCUAGAAUUCAAUAUUGAGUAGCAAAAGGUUAACUGGAAAACAUAGGAAGGCUAAUGAUGCUAAAAUGAUACCUAAACAACUGAUGUAGACUAAAAAAUAGAGUACUAUCCUCCGUGUGUCUUCAUAAUAAAAAUGCUAUUUAAUAUGCCUA